GCUAAGACAGUCUGAGUUGAGUAUCAUCUGUAUCCACGGGGCCAAAUCCCGUAUGUUUAAAAGAGUGUAGGCCAUAGCUACAGCGUAUGCAUCCAUAAAUCAAAAAAGAGCUCAGAGACAUUGGUUUUGGCUGCUUUGAAUGGCCAUGACUUCUGCUGAUGCCUGCAGAGUUUGCAGUUUAGUAAGGCGAAUGUACAUUGGAGGCCAAGUCAUACAGAAAAAUGGUUUGUUAACUUCCAGCAAGCGAUGGCUUAAUACAAGCCAGGAGAGGUAUGCUUCUACAAAGAGUGCUGAGACUGUGGGAGUGCAGCAUCUUAGACGUUGUAUUCAGACGACAGGACCCUUAACUGUCGCUGAGUACAUGAGAGAAGUGCUUACGAACCCAGUCACUGGUUAUUACAUGAGCCAAGAUGUCUUUGGCACAAAAGGAGACUUUAUCACGUCACCUGAGAUAAGCCAAAUGUUCGGAGAGCUGAUUGCACUAUGGGUCAUCCAUGAGUGGACGCAGUGGGGUCAGAAGAGUCCGCUACAAAUUGUGGAACUGGGUCCAGGCAGAGGAACAUUAGCUGAUGAUAUGUUAAGGGUGUUCAAGCAGUUCCAGCAUGUAACCGGCGACUCCCUGUCACUCCAUCUAGUAGAGGUCAGUCCCAAGAUGAGCCAACUUCAAGAGGAUAAACUAACAGGUCGGCAGGGAUCAAGGACAGACACAGAGGAACCAGAGGUAAACCAUGAUUCUCCUGCUGACAGAUGCAGUCUAGAUUCAGGUGCAGCUUACAAAACCAGCAUCAGCAAGACUGGGGUGCCUGUGUCAUGGUACAGGAGUCUCAAGGAGGUGCCAAAAGGGAUGUCCUGUUUCAUUGCUCAUGAGUUCUUUGAUGCUCUGCCGAUCCAUAAAUUUCAGAAAACAGAGAAGGGUUGGCGUGAGGUCCUAGUUGAUGUGGACAGUGAUGAUAAUGGGCCUCAUCACCUACGAUUUGUGUUGUCACCCGCACCAACACCAGCUUCAACGGUGUACCUUCAGUCUCUGACACAGGGCAAUGACAGGAGAGAUCACGUUGAAGUCUGUCCAGAGGGAGGGGCCAUUGUACAGGAGAUGGCUCACAGGGUAUCCGAGCAUGGUGGAAUGAGUCUCAUUGUAGACUAUGGACAUGAUGGAACCAAGACUGACACACUUAGGGGAUUCAAGAAACACCGACUUCAUGACGUACUUUGUGAACCGGGGACUGCGGAUCUUACUGCUGAUGUUGACUUUUCAUAUUUCCGUCAAAUAGUUCAAGGCAAAGCGUCAACUUAUGGCCCUAUUACUCAAGAAUCAUUUCUCAAGGCAAUGGGCAUUGAGACAAGACUCAAGAUGCUGCUGAAGAGCGCCACAGCUGAGCAGAGUAAGGGUCUGCUUACUGGGUAUAGGAUGCUGACAGAUCCUGCCCAGAUGGGAGAAAGAUUCAAGUGUUUUGCCAUGAUGCCACCGAAUCGAGGGACACAAAGUGGACAGGCAAGACCCCCAGCUGCAUUCCCUUCUUGAUUCAAUGUCCAGAGAUGUGGAAUGCUGCAAGUCUCCAGCCAAGUUAGAAGGGAGAUUCAAGCUUUUUGCUUUGAUGCCAAUGAGUCAAGCAACACAAAGUUGGCAGACAAGAACCCCAGCUUGGUUUGCGCUGUGUAAAAUCCUGGCAGUACUUAGCCAUGACGAGAGAAAGAUUCUCCGGGGCUAUACAAUGCUGGAAUACCCAGACGGGGCUAAGAUGGAACUGGAAGAGAUAUAGACCACAUUGUUAGGUGCCAUUAAGUGAGAACAAAGUUGGCAUGCUAGAACCCCCUGCCCCAUUUGUAUUGCAGAGGGCUAAAUGAUAAUGAUGCACCUUUUGUCGCUGAAUGGGUGUGGAGAGAUUCAAGUUUUUUGCCAUGAUAUAAAUGAAUUGAGAGACUCAAGUGAGAACCCAAUAUAGGUUUGUUCCUUGAUUUCCUGCAUGCGCACAUGCAAAACUGUUUUCUCAAAGCUGUAACUCCAAAAUCAAGAUACCUGACCUGGUGAAAUGACAGUCAAUGAUUAAUGCACAAGUGCCCUGGUUGCAUUGAUUGCAGCACUUACGUACACAUUGCAUACACCAUGCUUUAAGGUACAUAAAAUAUUCAUUUAUAGAAUCGCUCAAAAUAUUAAAUAACUAACAACUAUGCCUAUAACCGAAUCCAGCCGCUGGUCAUAUAUUGUGUCCUUGGGCAAGGCACUUCACCCCACUUGUCCCUCUCCACCCAGAAGUAUAAAUGGGUACCGGCAUUAGCUGGGGAGUAACCUGCGACGGACUAG